AUGCCGGCGCGAGGUGGGACCCAAGGGACCCAACGUGCUCUCUCCUUUUCUUUUCCGCGGAGAGCAGCACGCACAAAGGAAUUCAAGAAAACCUGCUUCUGGUGGAUGCCCAUUUGCUUGCCAUUCAAGGGGACCCGCGGAGUGCAGUCAGUUCCAGUCUCUUCGCUCAGGUGGGAAAGGUGUGCAGCAGCCCCAGCCGGUGUUGCCCUGCGCGUGGCCGGGGACGUGAGCCCGGGUCUGCUUAUUCGCCCCCAUGGCUGGCACAUGCGGAAGUUGCAAAUUGCACCAGCUGCAUCGGUGCUCGAGAAAAAAAAAAUCUCCUCGAGCACGCAAGGUUGCCGAUGCCAUGCCGCGUCUUGUGAGCCCUGGCCGGAUCAUCGGCGUUCACAGCCAGACACCGUCCCGAAGCGCCUCCCACCACAAGCUGUGGCGACAUGCCCUCGAUGUCGUCGUUGUGACGUGUUGGGGCGCCCUGCCUGUGCCGCACCGCGCCCCGCUGGAUGA